UCAAGUGUUUUACUCAUCAAGUCAUUUUGAGUCUCUCUCCCUCCAAUAUGGGGACUUCUUCAUUGAUAAAUCUACUGAUUCUCCUAAACUUCAGCACUCUUUUUACUUCUUUGGCUUGCCCUACUUGCCCUUAUAUUCCUCCUCCUAAACCACCAAUUUCACCAUGUCCUCCAACAGAGUCUCCUCCACACACAAAACCACCCCAUAUGCCCGCCCCGAAACCACCAUCUUACCCUCAUAAACCACCUCAUCACUACAAACCUCCUAAACUACCUGUCACAAAACCGCCUCAUCCUCAUAAACCACCGAAACCUCCAGUAACAAAACCACCUCAUCAUCAUGAUCAUCCUUACAAACCACCUUACACUCCAAAACCAAUUGUUGGCCCACCUUACAGCCCACCAUACACACCAAAACCACCUCUUGUAAGCCCACCGUACACACCAAAACCCCCUAUUGCAAGCCCACCAUACACACCAAAACCCCCUGUUGUAAGUCCACCAUACAGCCCACCAUACACACCAAAACCACCUGUUGUAAGCCCACCAUACACACCGAAACCCCCUAUUGUAAGCCCACCAUACACACCAAAACCCCCUGUUGUAAGUCCACCAUACAGCCCACCAUACACACCAAAACCACCUGUUGUAAGCCCACCAUACAGCCCGCCAUACACACCAAAACCACCUGUUGUAAGCCCACCAUACAGCCCGCCAUACACACCAAAACCCCCUUUUGUAAGUCCUCCAUACACACCAAAACCCCCUGUUGUAAGUCCACCAUACACGCCAACACCACCUGUAGUAGUCCCACCUUACGUACCGGAACCACCGGAAGUGACCCCACCAACACCAGAAACACCAUGUCCACCACCAGCAGCAGCAACACAACCAACAUGCCCGAUGGAUGCAUUAAAAUUGGAUACAUGUGUUGAUGUAUUAGGUGGUCUUAUACACAUUGGUAUAGGAAGUGGUUCAAAGGAUGCUUGUUGUCCUGUUUUAGGUGGUCUUUUGGGCUUAGAUGCUGCUGUUUGCCUUUGUACUACUAUCAAAGCUAAACUUUUGAACAUUGAUAUCAUUCUUCCUAUUGCUCUUCAAGUUUUGAUUGAUUGCGGCAAAGCUCCUCCUUCCGAUUUUCAUUGUCCGGCUUAAUUUUACAAUGCAUUUCAAACAUCAAAAAAAUAUAAAUUCUAAUGUGAAGUUCUCAUGUUGAGUACUUUUUUUAAUAAUUAUUAUGUAGUUGUAUGUUUUUUUUUUGUAAGUUUUAAUUUUAGUAAAAUGGUACCUACAAAGAAA